AUGGCGCUACCCCUGUACACUAAUAUCAACGGCUGUGUCGACCUAGGCGACAAUGAGGGGUACUCCGCCGAUGGAAAUCCGUGCGCUAGGGAGGAGCAGCAGACGCCGCUUGAAAUUGUUUCCCCGGUGACCAGCGCUCUCAAGAAAUUCGGUGAAAGGGUUAUCAGUGAUUACAAGCAGAUCAUCAAGCUAUUCAAGGAAUUCACACAUGGUGGCAGGAUUUUGCCUUUCCGGAAUGGCAAAAACGAUGCAGCGUACCAAUGUCGAAUUGACAUGGGAGAAGAGAUAAAGGACAAGCCAGGCUAUCACAACGUAUACCUCCAAGUGGAUAGCCAAGCAAAGAGCGAAGGACUCAAAGACUGGCUGCGAAAAAGACCCGCAUGGGAACCUCGCAACAGCUCAGAUGAACAGAAAUACCCCCGAAGAAGAGCAAUCUGA